CGGGGAUUGUGUGUUGCAGGAGGACAAGAGGGAAGAACACUGAUAGAGGAAAGAAGAGAGAGGGGGAGUGUGUAGAAGAGAGAGAGGGGAAUAGAUAAAGCUGGAGACAGGAUCAUGAGCUCUGCACUGCCUUACGACUCCCUGUCUGCUCGGGCGAGUCCCAACAGACGAGCUUUGGACUGGGAACGUGAACAGCUAUCUGUGCGACGACUGUCUUCUCCACGGGGUCUCGACUUGCUCAAUCCUCCUCCUCUUCCUCGUCGACCUUCUGCUAUCCCUGGCUACCUGCUGUCUCCAUACCAAGAGCAGGAGGAGCAACUCCAUCGCCAGCAGCAGCAGCGUUUGUCCUUGUCCAUGUGCUCAGAAGCCUCCCUGGCACCCCCUGCACCUCCACCUGUGGACGCUGCCCAACCUUGCUGCCGUGCAGUGGGAGUCAUGCAUCUCCUGCGCCUGGGACUCCUGGCUUUCAGCUGUCUCUUCUGGGCAGCUGGCUUGGCCAUCUUCACCCUGGGUGUGUGGGCUCAGAUUUCCCUUGCGGAUUACAUGCUGCUGUCUGCCAAUCGUUACCCCAAUGCUCCACUCAUCCUUCUGGCCACAGGUGCUGUUGUCACUGCCUGGGGCUUUCUGGGUUGUCUAGGGGUGGCUGCAAACCUGCCCUGUGUGCUAAGGGCUUAUGGGUUCUUCCAACUUGCUGCACUUAUAGCUGGUUUAGCAGCUGGUCUGUCUGGUCUCUUCUAUCGUGAAGACAUUGCUGGAGGAUUUCGCAGCGGUUUACAGCGAGCGGUGGCAGGUUACACAGAGGAUGAAGGCCGUGCCGAUGCUCUAGACAGCCUGCAGAGGUCCCUGGAGUGUUGUGGAGCUGAGGGUUGGCGCGACUGGCUCACUUCAGACUGGGCUAUCCAACAUAUGACCUUCUUCCCCACUGAGAACGGCACUUCAGUGUCCCUGCCGGAUAGUUGCUGUGUGAGGCGCAAGGGCUGCAAGAACAGGCCUCUUCUAUCAGAUGAUAAUGAAGGAGUGGUUGCUGCAGGAAUCCAUCCACAUGGCUGCUUCCGCAAAGUCUUCAGUUUGGUCAACGAUAACGUCUUCCACAUUGCUGCCACUGUGUUGGGAUUAGCCUUCACCCAGAUUGGAGGCAUUGCCCUAGCUUGUCUGCUCGCUAACAAACUGGCACCAAGACAACAUCGUCGUAUAGUGGCACAUUAAUGGCAAAAUUUAAACCACGGAUUGACCAAUUUGUAGAUGAUUACAACUGGUAAUGAAGAAUGCAUUCAAAGAGUCAUAGAGUUGCAAUAGAGUUGCAAAGUUGGAGGAGUUUUUUGUUUGUUUGUUUGUUUUUUGAGCUCCCAGGGCUCCACAAGUAGAAGUCCCAUUUAUUGUUUGGCAGUGUUAAUGUCAGUUAGUGCACUUCCAAGGUUCUGAUGGUGCACGAAUCUCCCACUUCAAUUAUCAGUACAAGUCACUAAUCUGGGAAAUAAGUCAAAGGUGAAAGUCAAACUUGAGAAGAUAGAAGUCAAUGUCUGAGAGUCAUGUUGAUAAGGAGAGCUUUUAAUUCUGUUGGGUGCAUUGCUAAUGGAAAGAUUAGGCUUUGUAGAAAUCUGAUAAUAAACUCAGCAGCUUAAAUCAGUUUCACUUUAUGUCUAAGAUCUAUGUCUAGAGCAAUUUUGGAUGAAUUAAGCAGCUACAGCAUUGUGUUUUGUCUUCACUCUGACUUUACUGCAUUCGGAUUUGCAUCUCUGGCUGGCAUUUUCUCUAUAGCAAUGGCAGCAUAGGUUCACAGGUAUCCAAAAAAAUAUCAGAGACUGUGUUUAAUUUAAUAAAACUGAUGGUCAUAACUUUAAUCUAUUGGUAAAUUAUUCAAUUGGCUCAUCUCUUUCUAUGUUGAGGAAUCCUAAGGACAUAACUUAAAGAAAAUGUGAAUUCAGUGGCAAAAAACUAACAAACUAGAAGCCAUCAACUCCUCACACUUUGCAACUCUUUUACACUUUUUGUUUGGCUAACUAUGUCUUCUGUGCAAUUUUAAAAAUACUUCUUUGAUUCAGUGUUUUAAACGACAUGUGACUAAAUCUUCUGUCAAUUUGAUGCAGUAAUAUACAAAAAAAAGAGGUGGUCUGGCAAUAGUUGUUCAUGGGGCCAGAUUGGAUAGUAGAGUAGGUACUUAUAUGGUAGUACAAAACAAUGCUUUCUGACUUUUUGGCUGUAUAAUUUAUGUUUACAUAAUGGCAUGAAUUAUAUAGAAUGUAUGUCAAUACAAAGUGAUUAUUUAAACUACUCUCCUAGUGGAUUUUUUUUCUCAAGUUGCCUCAUGUAGUACAGUUCACCACUGAAUGCACAGGAAUGUUCACCAGCAGUUUUCCACUGUAUAAGAUUUAGUCUGGCUGUGCUUAGCAGAUGUUUGUGACCACAUCGUUUAGUUUUUCCAUCACAAAAACUACACUGUGCUAGAAUGGUGCUUUAGAAAAGAGCUUAACAAUGUCUGUGC